AUGGUCAACGAGGUGAAGAGUCACUUUCCAGAGGCGGAUCUCAGCGCAGGGACGUCCAUAGCCACCGCCAUUGCCGCCGGCAUUGUCGCAAUGAUGCUCUCUUAUGCUGUAGCACUCCCAUCGAUAAUGAAAAACAAUGGGUUUGAGGAGAUUCUUGCGAAAAUAUCCACGAAGAAGGGCAUGGAGCAUAUGUUGGAAGCCAUGUCACUUACUCGCCACGAAGAAGAGCACUUCAUCAGUCCGAUGUGGUACUGGGGAGAAAAGGAAAAAGACUUUGAUAUUUUAGUCUCUAUAUGCGGGGCGAUUGAGCAAAUGAACAAGCAGCUACAAGAGUGA